AUGCUCACUGGUGCGUGCAUGCUCACUGGUGCGUGCAUGCUCACUGAUGCGUGCAUGCUCACUGGUGCGUGCAUGCUCACUGGUGCGUGCAUGCUCACUGGUGCGUGCAUGCUCACUGGUGCGUGCAUGCUCACUGGUGCGUGUAUGCUCACUGGUGCGUGCAUGCUCACUGAUGCGUGCAUGCUCACUGGUGCGUGCAUGCUCACUGGUGCGUGCAUGCUCACUGGUGCGUGCAUGCUCACUGGUGCGUGUAUGCUCACUGAUGCGUGCAUGCUCACUGGUGCGUGCAUGCUCACUGGUGCGUGCAUGCUCACUGGUGCGUGCAUGCUCACUGGUGCGUGCAUGCUCACUGGUGCGUGCAUGCUCACUGAUGUGUGCAUGCUCACUGGUGCGUGCAUGCUCACUGGUGCGUGCAUGCUCACUGGUGCGUGCAUGCUCACUGGUGCGUGCAUGCUCACUGAUGUGUGCAUGCUCACUGGUGCGUGCAUGCUCACUGAUGCGUGCAUGCUCACUGGUGUGUGCAUGCUCACUGAUGUGUGCAUGCUCACUGGUGCGUGUAUGCUCACUGGUGCGUGCAUGCUCACUGAUGCGUGCAUGCUCACUGGUGCGUGUAUGCUCACUGAUGCGUGCAUGCUCACUGGUGCGUGUAUGCUCACUGAUGCGUGCAUGCUCACUGGUGCGUGCAUGCUCACUGGUGCGUGCAUGCUCACUGGUGCGUGUAUGCUCACUGAUGCGUGCAUGCUCACUGGUGCGUGCAUGCUCACUGGUGCGUGCAUGCUCACUGGUGCGUGCAUGCUCACUGGUGCGUGCAUGCUCACUGAUGCGUGCAUGCUCACUGGUGUGUGCAUGCUCACUGAUGUGUGCAUGCUCACUGGUGCGUGUAUGCUCACUGGUGCGUGCAUGCUCACUGAUGCGUGCAUGCUCACUGGUGCGUGCAUGCUCACUGAUGCGUGCAUGCUCACUGGUGCGUGCAUGCUCACUGGUGCGUGCAUGCUCACUGGUGCGUGCAUGCUCACUGGUGCGUGUAUGCUCACUGGUGCGUGCAUGCUCACUGGUGCGUGCAUGCUCACUGGUGCGUGCAUGCUCACUGGUGCGUGCAUGCUCACUGGUGCGUGCAUGCUCACUGAUGUGUGCAUGCUCACUGGUGCGUGCAUGCUCACUGGUGCGUGCAUGCUCACUGGUGCGUGCAUGCUCACUGGUGCGUGCAUGCUCACUGAUGUGUGCAUGCUCACUGGUGCGUGCAUGCUCACUGAUGCGUGCAUGCUCACUGGUGUGUGCAUGCUCACUGAUGUGUGCAUGCUCACUGGUGCGUGCAUGCUCACUGGUGCGUGCAUGCUCACUGGUGCGUGCAUGCUCACUGGUGCGUGCAUGCUCACUGGUGCGUGCAUGCUGACUGAUGCGUGCAUGCUCACUGAUGUGUGCAUGCUCACUGGUGCGUGCAUGCUCACUGGUGCGUGCAUGCUCACUGGUGCGUGCAUGCUCACUGGUGCGUGCAUGCUCACUGAUGCGUGCAUGCUCACUGGUGCGUGCAUGCUCACUGGUGCGUGUAUGCUCACUGAUGCGUGCAUGCUCACUGGUGCGUGCAUGCUCACUGGUGCGUGCAUGCUCACUGAUGUGUGCAUGCUCACUGAUGUGUGCAUGCUCACUGGUGCGUGCAUGCUCACUGGUGCGUGCAUGCUCACUGGUGCGUGCAUGCUCACUGGUGCGUGCAUGCUCACUGAUGUGUGCAUGCUCACUGGUGCGUGCAUGCUCACUGAUGCGUGCAUGCUCACUGGUGUGUGCAUGCUCACUGAUGUGUGCAUGCUCACUGGUGCGUGCAUGCUCACUGGUGCGUGCAUGCUCACUGGUGCGUGCAUGCUCACUGGUGCGUGCAUGCUCACUGAUGCGUGCAUGCUCACUGGUGUGUGCAUGCUCACUGAUGUGUGCAUGCUCACUGGUGCGUGCAUGCUCACUGGUGCGUGCAUGCUCACUGAUGCGUGCAUGCUCACUGGUGCGUGCAUGCUCACUGGUGCGUGUAUGCUCACUGAUGCGUGCAUGCUCACUGGUGCGUGCAUGCUCACUGGUGCGUGCAUGCUCACUGAUGUGUGCAUGCUCACUGAUGCGUGCAUGCUCACUGGUGCGUGCAUGCUCACUGGUGCGUGCAUGCUCACUGGUGCGUGCAUGCUCACUGGUGCGUGCAUGCUCACUGAUGCGUGCAUGCUCACUGGUGUGUGCAUGCUCACUGAUGUGUGCAUGCUCACUGGUGCGUGUAUGCUCACUGGUGCGUGCAUGCUCACUGAUGCGUGCAUGCUCACUGGUGCGUGCAUGCUCACUGAUGCGUGCAUGCUCACUGGUGCGUGCAUGCUCACUGGUGCGUGCAUGCUCACUGGUGCGUGCAUGCUCACUGGUGCGUGUAUGCUCACUGGUGCGUGCAUGCUCACUGGUGCGUGCAUGCUCACUGGUGCGUGCAUGCUCACUGGUGCGUGCAUGCUCACUGGUGCGUGCAUGCUCACUGAUGUGUGCAUGCUCACUGGUGCGUGCAUGCUCACUGGUGCGUGCAUGCUCACUGGUGCGUGCAUGCUCACUGGUGCGUGCAUGCUCACUGAUGUGUGCAUGCUCACUGGUGCGUGCAUGCUCACUGAUGCGUGCAUGCUCACUGGUGUGUGCAUGCUCACUGAUGUGUGCAUGCUCACUGGUGCGUGCAUGCUCACUGGUGCGUGCAUGCUCACUGGUGCGUGCAUGCUCACUGGUGCGUGCAUGCUCACUGGUGCGUGCAUGCUGACUGAUGCGUGCAUGCUCACUGAUGUGUGCAUGCUCACUGGUGCGUGCAUGCUCACUGGUGCGUGCAUGCUCACUGGUGCGUGCAUGCUCACUGGUGCGUGCAUGCUCACUGAUGCGUGCAUGCUCACUGGUGCGUGCAUGCUCACUGGUGCGUGUAUGCUCACUGAUGCGUGCAUGCUCACUGGUGCGUGCAUGCUCACUGGUGCGUGCAUGCUCACUGAUGUGUGCAUGCUCACUGAUGUGUGCAUGCUCACUGGUGCGUGCAUGCUCACUGGUGCGUGCAUGCUCACUGGUGCGUGCAUGCUCACUGGUGCGUGCAUGCUCACUGAUGUGUGCAUGCUCACUGGUGCGUGCAUGCUCACUGAUGCGUGCAUGCUCACUGGUGUGUGCAUGCUCACUGAUGUGUGCAUGCUCACUGGUGCGUGCAUGCUCACUGGUGCGUGCAUGCUCACUGGUGCGUGCAUGCUCACUGGUGCGUGCAUGCUCACUGAUGCGUGCAUGCUCACUGGUGUGUGCAUGCUCACUGAUGUGUGCAUGCUCACUGGUGCGUGCAUGCUCACUGGUGCGUGCAUGCUCACUGAUGCGUGCAUGCUCACUGGUGCGUGCAUGCUCACUGAUGCGUGCAUGCUCACUGGUGCGUGCAUGCUCACUGGUGCGUGCAUGCUCACUGAUGUGUGCAUGCUCACUGAUGCGUGCAUGCUCACUGGUGCGUGCAUGCUCACUGGUGCGUGCAUGCUAACUGGUGCGUGCAUGCUCACUGAUGCGUGCAUGCUCACUGGUGUGUGCAUGCUCACUGAUGUGUGCAUGCUCACUGGUGCGUGCAUGCUCACUGGUGCGUGCAUGCUCACUAGUGCGUGUAUGCUCACUGAUGCGUGCAUGCUCACUGGUGCGUGCAUGCUCACUGAUGUGUGCAUGCUCACUGAUGCGUGCAUGCUCACUGGUGCGUGCAUGCUCACUGGUGCGUGCAUGCUCACUGGUGCGUGCAUGCUCACUGAUGCGUGCAUGCUCACUGGUGUGUGCAUGCUCACUGAUGUGUGCAUGCUCACUGGUGCGUGCAUGCUCACUGGUGCGUGCAUGCUCACUGGUGCGUGCAUGCUCACUGAUGCGUGCAUGCUCACUGGUGCGUGCAUGCUCACUGGUGCGUGUAUGCUCACUGAUGCGUGCAUGCUCACUGGUGCGUGCAUGCUCACUGGUGCGUGCAUGCUCACUGGUGCGUGCAUGCUCACUGGUGCGUGCAUGCUCACUGAUGCGUGCAUGCUCACUGGUGCGUGUAUGCUCACUGAUGCGUGCAUGCUCACUGGUGCGUGCAUGCUCACUGGUGCGUGCAUGCUCACUGAUGUGUGCAUGCUCACUGGUGCGUGCAUGCUCACUGGUGCGUGCAUGCUCACUGAUGUGUGCAUGCUCACUGGUGCGUGCAUGCUCACUGGUGCGUGCAUGCUCACUGGUGCGUGCAUGCUCACUGGUGCGUGCAUGCUCACUGAUGUGUGCAUGCUCAAUGGUGCGUGCAUGCUCACUGAUGCGUGCAUGCUCACUGGUGUGUGCAUGCUCACUGAUGUGUGCAUGCUCACUGGUGCGUGCAUGCUCACUGGUGCGUGCAUGCUCACUGGUGCGUGCAUGCUCACUGGUGCGUGCAUGCUCACUGAUGUGUGCAUGCUCACUGGUGCGUGCAUGCUCACUGGUGCGUGCAUGCUCACUGGUGCGUGCAUGCUCACUGGUGCGUGCAUGCUCACUGAUGUGUGCAUGCUCACUGGUGCGUGCAUGCUCACUGAUGCGUGCAUGCUCACUGGUGUGUGCAUGCUCACUGAUGUGUGCAUGCUCACUGGUGCGUGCAUGCUCACUGGUGCGUGCAUGCUCACUGGUGCGUGCAUGCUCACUGGUGCGUGCAUGCUCACUGAUGCGUGCAUGCUCACUGGUGUGUGCAUGCUCACUGAUGUGUGCAUGCUCACUGGUGCGUGCAUGCUCACUGGUGCGUGCAUGCUCACUGGUGCGUGCAUGCUCACUGGUGCGUGCAUGCUCACUGGUGCGUGCAUGCUCACUGGUGCGUGCAUGCUCACUGGUGCGUGCAUGCUCACUGGUGCGUGCAUGCUGACUGAUGCGUGCAUGCUCACUGAUGUGUGCAUGCUCACUGGUGCGUGCAUGCUCACUGGUGCGUGCAUGCUCACUGGUGCGUGCAUGCUCACUGAUGUGUGCAUGCUCACUGGUGCGUGCAUGCUCACUGGUGCGUGCAUGCUCACUGGUGCGUGCAUGCUCACUGGUGUGUGCAUGCUCACUGAUGUGUGCAUGCUCACUGGUGCGUGCAUGCUCACUGGUGCGUGCAUGCUCACUGGUGCGUGCAUGCUCACUGGUGCGUGCAUGCUCACUGGUGCGUGCAUGCUCACUGGUGCGUGCAUGCUCACUGGUGCGUGUAUGCUCACUGAUGCGUGCAUGCUCACUGGUGCGUGCAUGCUCACUGGUGCGUGCAUGCUCACUGGUGCGUGCAUGCUCACUGGUGCGUGCAUGCUCACUGGUGCGUGCAUGCUCACUGGUGCGUGCAUGCUCACUGGUGCGUGCAUGCUCACUGGUGCGUGCAUGCUCACUGGUGCGUGCAUGCUCACUGAUGCGUGCAUGCUCACUGGUGCGUGCAUGCUCACUGGUGCGUGCAUGCUCACUGGUGCGUGCAUGCUCACUGGUGCGUGCAUGCUCACUGAUGCGUGCAUGCUCACUGGUGCGUGCAUGCUCACUGGUGUGUGCAUGCUCACUGGUGCGUGUAUGCUCACUGGUGCGUGCAUGCUCACUGGUGCGUGCAUGCUCACUGGUGCGUGUAUGCUCACUGGUGCGUGCGCUGAAGCACGCAGACUGGCUGUUGUGAAUUUGGGAGCCAUGGAAAUCCACUCCCUCUCCCUUCCCCAUCCACCCCCUCUCCCUUCCCCAGCCACCCCCUCUCCCUUCCCCAGCCACCCCCUCUCCCUUCCCCAGCCACUCCCGCUCAUUCCAUCACCCUUGACAAACCUCUCUCUCCCCCUUUUUCUGAUCCUCCCUUUUUACCCCCUCCCCCCAACCUCUGGUGCCCAUGCAGUUCACAACAGGCCGCGAGACUUUACGACGCCUCCAGCCUCCAGAGGAGGCGAGGAGGAGAGGGGGCGAGGAGGAGAGGAGGCGUGGAGGAGAGGAGGCGCGGAGGAGAGGGAGCGUGGAGCAGAGGAGGCGCGGAGGAGAGGGGGCGUGGAGCAGAAGGGGCGCGGAGGAGAGGAGACGCUGAGGAGAGUAGGCGUGGAGCAGCGGCGCAGAGGAGGAGAGGAGCAGAGGAGGUAA